GUUUAGCGCUUUCUUCCUGCAUCCAUUGGCACCAGGUCGUGAGGAUGCAGAUGGGGAAGUUUGAUUGGCAUCUCCCGCACCAGGGGGUGAGGCUGUGGGUAACCCCGCCUACCCAAAGCCGCAGCCGGGGAAGGAGAGGAGGAAGAGCCGGCAGUGGGUCGAUUCUUUUGGUUCUCACGCAGCAAUGAACCUUCGUGGACUUUUCCAGGACUUUAAUCCUAGCAAAUUUCUGAUCUAUGCCUGCCUGCUACUGUUCUCCAUCCUACUGUCACUGCGCCUGGAUGGGAUCAUCCUGUGGAGCUUUUGGGCAGUCUUUACUCCUGUCUGGCUAUGGAAACUCAUGGUGAUCAUAGGAGCCUCGGUGGGAACCGGGGUGUGGGCACGUAAUCCGCAAUACAGGGCUGAAGGAGAAACUUGUGUGGAAUUUAAAGCAAUGCUGAUAGCAGUUGGAAUCCAUCUGUUGCUGUUGAUGUUUGAAGUUCUGGUGUGUGACCGGAUUGAGCGAGGAAGCCAUUACUGGCUGCUUGUCUUCAUGCCGCUGUUCUUCGUGUCUCCAGUGUCAGUGGCUGCCUGUGUCUGGGGUUUUCGACAUGAUCGAUCUUUGGAGUUGGAAAUCCUGUGUUCUGUGAACAUUCUUCAGUUCAUAUUCAUUGCACUGAGGCUGGAUGAAAUCAUAAAGUGGCCUUGGCUGGUGGUAUGUGUUCCUUUGUGGAUUCUGAUGUCAUUUCUCUGCCUGGUGGUGCUCUACUACAUUGUGUGGUCAGUACUUUUCUUGCGGUCUAUGGACGUGAUAGCUGAACAAAGGAGGACCCAUGUUACAAUGGCUGUUAGCUGGAUGACCAUUGUUGUUCCUCUCCUGACCUUUGAGAUUCUUUUGGUUCACAAGCUGGAUGGGCAUAAUAAUUUCUCCUAUAUUCCAAUUUUCAUCCCUCUUUGGCUUUCUCUCAUGACAUUAAUGGCAACAACCUUCGGACAGAAAGGGGGUAAUCACUGGUGGUUUGGAAUCCGCAAAGACUUCUGUCAGUUUCUUCUGGAAAUCUUUCCUUUCUUGAGGGAAUAUGGAAAUAUUUCAUAUGAACUUCAGUACGAUGACAGUGAAGAAUCUGAAGAAAUACCUAUACCAGAACCUGCUAAGAUACCCCCCAUGUUUUAUAAAAAGACUGGUGCUGUGAUUACCCAGAGUCCUGGGAAGUAUUUUGUCCCCCCUCAAAAGCUGAACAUCGACAUGCCUGAUUAAGAAAUAUACGAGAGGAUAUUGGACUUGAAUGAGAUAGUGCUGGAUAUGGUACGCCAAUGCUAGGUGUUGUACAAAUGGGACUCCCUUUGGCAUACAACACUGUGCUGCCAAAUAUGUAAAAAAUUAUAAUCCAUGAAGUCAUAUUCUAUUUGCUAUAGAACACCUUUCUAUUUAAAACUGAAUAGAACACCUGUGCACAGUGUCAUUAGCAGCAAUUUCAGAUUCUGCUAUUGUAUUCCCACAGUGACAGCGUAUCUGCUGUUCAAACAGUGUCGAAUCCAGAUUUUAUUAAGUUUAACCUGAUAAUUCCAAGCUUUCUUGCGUUUAAAAAUUUGAAUUACAGAUCACAUUGCAAAAUGUUUAACUGGUAAAGGAAAUCUUAAUGAGCUGAUAGUUAGAGCUGAGAUGGUUUGAAUUUAUCAGGAUUAGGGUUAUUUAAUUAUUGCAGGAAAAUGGAUAAAAUAUCACCAUAAAUGGGAAAACGUGUUGGGUUAUGUCAAUAUUUUAUUGCUGUAGUGAUUGACAGCAACUGAAUCGAAUGAAUGGAGAUAAAUCAUCCACCUUUCCAUCAGGGCACAAAUGUUUAUAGAAAUAGACUACUGAAGGUAGCCCUCUGUUUCGUGCUUGCCUUCGGUAAAUCCAUGUAGCCACUUAACACUGCACACAGUGCUUUAAUAGAAGUUCUGUACACAAUUAAGCAAACCUGGAGAAUAGUAAUUCAAUGUCAAUGCAGAGGCGUGAUUCUCUGCAUCUUGCUGUGUUCAAACACACGUUUGGGUCUAUUUAUCACAACCUGACAACUCUUAAAACAUUAAGUGAGUCUGUACUUGAAAGAAAACAGUUCAGACAUUGUGCAUCUGGAUCCAUUUUGUUAAAGAGAGACUUUGAUUUUGCUUGGAUGCCGGCGUGUUUGCAGCUACUUAUACAUGUAAUAGCCUCCUUGAAUAGAAAAUUAACAAAACUCUGCUUGGAAAGCAGUGAGACGGGUUCUUACUUAUCCUCAGAGAAGUACAUAGCUGUUCUUUGUGCCCGAUGCAUUGCGUUGUGCUCGGUCUUAUUGCUAACAAAAACAUGGAGUGCAAUAAUAAUGAGUGUGUUUUAAAAAGAACUUUUUUUAUGCAUGGACAGAAAUUUCAACAAUUUGUUUUUGUUGUGUGAAUUAUUAAAAUGCAUUUUGUAAUUUAGUUGGCUGUUUAGCCAGUUUUUAUCCAGUGAAAAACUGGCUGUGCUUUUUGAGUAACUUAAAUAUCUGUUAAAUUAACACCUACUCUUAUUAAGAUAAUGUCCUUAGUUAAGUGCUGGAUGCAAUGGAAAACAUUGUAAUAUAUCAAUACCUACAAUGCUCCCCUAAUUCUGCUGGUACCCAGUCAGUGAGUGGGAAUCAUUUUAUCUGCUUGUCUACAUUUGCAAGCAGAAUAUAAUAGGCCAGUGGAUGUUAUGAAAUAUCAGUGGAGAUGAGGUUUGAGAUUGUUGAUUUGAAUAUGUAAGAAUGUUUUUAGUUUGAGCAACAUAAUUUUGCAGUAUUAUCGAUGCCUCAGAUAUUUAAUCCCUUUACCAAUGCGUCAAAGGUGAAUGAUCAGUUUAAAACAUUGUACUUCUAAUCUUGAUUGUAUAAAAUCUGUUUGCUAUGUUUGCUUUUACUUUGUGCCACACAACCAACACUCAUUGAAAUGUCUCUAUUGGUUAAUUAAUUGAAUUACUAAUACUUAGGUUUUAAUUAAUUACCGCAACCUUAAGUGACUCAGCCUAAAAUGAAAGAUAGCAUUACAAAAUACUUGUCUUAAAAAUGUUCUGAUUCUCUGUAAAAUUGUAAUUAAAUUAUAUAUAAUUUACUUAAGUCCCUUUAAAGGGGUAAACUCUGAAGCAUUAACAUUGAAGUUGCAAUCUCUAAAGCUAGAGACCCACUGUCUUGGUGUUUUUAUAGCUGUGUGGUGGAUUUAAGGAAAACUGUAAUUUGUAUCGAGAGACUCUGGCUGAAUAUUGAAAUGUUUAUAACUAUAACAGGCUGACUGAAUCUUCCACCUGUAAGACAAACUAUGAGAUCUGUUAAUUGAAUUUAUGAAAUUAUUUGGCAUUUAGUGAUCAGGGGAAAUGUAAUAUGAUUGUGUUACAAUUGUGUAAUAGAAGGAAAUAUCUUCUGGUUUCAGAGUUUGUUUUGGACCAUAUUUGGUAGUCCUUUUGGUAUGUUUUCCCCAACGAUGGUUCAGUGCUAAAAGCUAUUUUAAUUUCUCCCUUCAUGUUUUCUCUGCUGGUACAUUGAUACACAGGUGUGUGCUGUCACUGUUAAUAACAGCAUAGAAACAUUGAAGAGGCCACAUCUAGCUUCCACCACCUGUGCUGUAACAAGAUAGUUCAGAUUGUCCAAUUGUAGAAUGGUCCUGUCUUCAGUGGGUCGGUUUGAACUGAACAACACAGUCAGAGGGUUCUGAUGUGGCACAUAAGCUCCACCAGCCUUUGUGUAUUUCGGCAGUAAUUGUCAACCAGUUCUGAAAAGUUCAAAUUGUUAUUUGCCAUUCUGUGAAGGUGCAACAAAAGUCUUGUGCUAGAAUAGCAAUGGUGACAUUAAUUUUUCUCUCAUUUUGGUCUCUGUCCUAAUUUUCUAAUUUUGCAGGCAGUGUUUCAGGUUGGGAAAUUUCUGCUAUUACAUAGUGAGAAAUCAUCACUUCUGUAAAAUCUAUCUUUCCACAUUAAAUUAUUGCUUUGGCCUAUUUGACAAGCUACUUCUAGAUUAACUGUUUUGGUGAACCAUAAAAUUGAAGGGUGCAAAGAUUCUAUACGACUGAUGAUUUACUUAAUAAAUUCUGAUACUAUGUUAAUUUUAUGAAUAUAUAAUUUCUACCACACCUUAAACUGGUGAAAUGGCGGGGGGGGGGGGGGGG